AUGACUAUAAGGAACCAACGAUUCUCUCUUCUUAAACAACCUAUAUUCUCCAUACUUAAUCAGCAUUUGAUAAAUUAUCCAACCCCGAGCAAUCUUAAUUAUUGGGCGGGGUUCGGUCCGUUAGCUGGUAUUUGUUUAGUCAUUCAGAUAGUGACUGGCGUUUUUUUAGCUAUGCAUUACACACCUCAUGUGGAUCUAGCUUUCAACAGCGUAGAACACAUUAUGAGAGAUGUUGAAGGGGGCUGGUUUCUCCGUUAUAUGCAUGCUAAUGGGGCAAGUAUGUUUCUCAUUGUGGUUCACUUUCAUAUGUUUCGUAGUCUAUAUUAUGGGAGUUAUAGCAGUCCUAGGGAAUUUGUUCGGUGUAGCGGAGUUGUAAUCUUCCUAUUAAUGAUUGUGACAGCUUUUAUAGGAUACGUACCACCUUGGGGUCAGAUGAGCUUUUGGGGAGCUACAGUAAUUACAAGCUUAGCUAGCGCCAUACCUGUAGUAGGAGAUACCAUAGUGACUUGGCUUUGGGGUGGUUUCUCCGUGGGCAAUGCCACCUUAAAUCGUUUUUUUAGUCUUCAUUAUUUACUCCCCUUUCUUUUAGUAGGCGCCAGUAUUCUUCAUCUGGGCGCAUUGCAUCAAUAUGGAUCAAAUAAUCCAUUAGGUAUAAAUUCAUAUACGGAUAAAAUUGCUUCUUACCCUUAUUAUUAUGUAAAGGAUCUGGUAGGUUGGGUAGCUUUUGCUAUCUUUUCUUCCAUUUUCAUUUUUUAUGCUCCUAAUGUUUUGGGGCAUCCCGACAAUUAUAUACCCGCUAAUCCGAUGCCCACCCCGCCUCAUAUUGUGCCGGAAUGGUAUUUCCUACCGAUCCAUGCCAUUCUUCGUAGUAUACCUGACAAAGCGGGAGGUGUAGCCGCAAUAGCACCAGUUUUUAUAUGUCUGCUGGCUUUACCCUUUUUAAAUCAAAGUAUGUAUGUACGUAGUGCAAAAUUUCGCCCGAUUUACCAUAUAAUAUAUUUGUUGUUUUUGGCGGAUCGCUUACUACUAGGUUGGAUCGGAUGUCAACCUGUGGAGGCACCAUUUGUGACUAUUGGGCAAAUUUCUCCUUUUGUCUUCUUCUUGUUCUUUGCCAUAAUGCCCAUUCCGGGACGAGUUCAAAGAGAAAAUCCUAAUUAUUUCAGCGAGAACUUUGCCUUUUCAUAUCCAAAAAAGUAA